AUGAAUCCGAUGCCAGCACUUAUUCUCGAAGAGAUACUGGAAAAUCUUUCCGAUGACUAUAACACAUUAUUCUCGUGCUGUCUGGUGAGUCGUGAAUUUAGUCAAAAAUCGGUGGCAAUCCUCUGGCGAAAUCCAAAGUUUGGUGCUCCCUUGGCGGGAGAUGCUCUCACUAGCCUAAUAAAUACACUGCUCACAUGCCUCGACGGACAUACAAAGGAGGAUAUAUCCCUACUACUCGCAUGUCUCGACGAUGACACGAAAGGUUGUAAAUAUCAUCAAACGGAGAUAAUUCGACAAAAACCCACAUAUCCAUACGACACACUGAUAAAAUGCAUAGAUUUUACCACUUUAUCAUACGCGCUAAGCGAUUGGGGAUAUUAUUGGGGAUUAAAUGACACGAGUUACCUUUAUACCACUCUGGUUAAACAUUUGGUACACUCAGUCUCUCGUCUUUGGCAUCUUGGAAUUUCAUAUUCGCCACUACUGAUACCAGAUAUCGAUAUAUUUUCAUUGCAUGAUGCAAAAAAAGCAUUUUCGGAAAUUCAAUCAUUCAAGUAUGACGGACUAAGGAAUGCUAAAAUAAUUUCGUCGAUCUCAAUUCUCACCAGUAACAUUACCAAAAUUACAAUACAAGUGCGACAGGGAAAAGAAGCCAAACACGAAUCAAAAUACAACAUUAAAUACGAUAGGGAUUGGGAUAUGUCGGUAGAAAGUCUAUUAAGAAAUCAAAAAAAUCUCCGUCAGGUGAAGUUUGACUUGUCAGAACGUGGUCAAUUCUCGGAGAAAGGAAUCGAGACACUAUUGGAAACAAUCUCUAGCAAGGGACGAACGUUAAUCAAAUUGAAAUUUCGUGGGGUCGAUUUUCAUCAAAAGAAUCCAAUGUCUUUGUUGACAAAGUGCAAACAGUUAAAGACAUUAUCGUUUGAUACGUGUCGCAAUUUCGGAGACGAUCCUAUUCCGAAAUUACGGUUGCCAAGAUUGGUAAAACUAGAGAUUAAACGCUCUUUAUUACCCGUGGAGCAUUUACAAAGAAUCCUGGAUAUCUCGUAUCGCACCAUACGCCAAAUCACAUUUGACAACUCGAAAUAUCUUAGCACAAUGAACUUAAAUGAAUAUUUCCGGAAAAAAACAAAAAAAGUCUCUGAUCUUUCCCUCUUAAUCGCCCCAUACCAAGUCUGCCAGUUACCUGCUGCCUUGAAAUGCUUUCCAAAAUUGAUUUCGUUAACCAUUGAUACGUAUCGGUAUCAAACUUGUCCACAUCAUGGUAGCAACUUUUUGAGUGAUCUCGGUGGAAUGUUACCAGCUACUUUGGAAUCGUUAAGUUUGAUAAUGAGGCUUGAAUUCACGCCGGAAGUACUCUCCGAAUUUUUUGACAAAAGCAAGGCAAAACUAAAAAUAUUGGAAUUUCAAGUGGUGGAGCAAUUUUCAGAUCGUCAUUUGGAAAUAAUCAUCAAAAAGGCUGCUGGAUCUCUACGUGCUCUAUUCCUAUCGGAAUCAUAUAACCUGACAUUAAAAUCAUUGCUGGAGGCAAAAAAUAAAAUACCUUAUAUUGUUGCUGGAGAAACCGUUUUAGGAAUUGAUUAUAUCAAACAACACUCAGAAAUAUAUAAACUACUGCCGAAAAGUUCUUGGAUGCUUGAAGAUGAUUUACCACCGCCUCCUGACCCAAGAUUUCAAUUUUUAUUGCCGAUCUUUCCAUUAACACAAUUGCCCUGUAACGGUAGAUUGGGUGAACCUGCAAUGUACAGCUUCGUACGGUACCCCCUCUUGCAUUUUCUGCAAGAAAGUAAUUCCCCACAAGCAUUCUUCGAUCAAGAACAUUAUCAAAUAUUGCGCAAUUCUCCGGGAGAUCCAGUGCGCCCAAUUAUGAGCUUCAAUGGAGAUAUAAUAACCAACGCCAAUUCUGAGAAAAAACACUCAUGA